AUGCCAAACGUGGAAGCCGUUUCAUCUCAAACCACUAGCCAGAGUGAAUCUCUCGAUCCAAAUACUCACCCCACACAACAAGCCAUUGAAAGAGUCUUGUCGAGCAAAGAAUUGAAAGACCAUCCAUCCAGAGAAAGAUUAACCUCUUCCCGAAGUGUCGAACAAUUUCAAUUCUUUGCAAAAAUUGAAGCCUCGAAUGAAAAUCUUGCCACUGAAAUGAUUCUGAAUGGAACCGUCUUGACAUUCAAAUCUGCCAUGAGCAUUUACGUGUACCAAUUGGAUGUCCUUUCUUCCAAUAUUAUGGAAUUUAGAUAUUACAAGACAUGUAUCAACGAUGUACCUCCCAGAGUGUUGAAUCGAGCAGAUGGUGGAAUCACUUUGAAGAUUUUCGAUCCCACUGAUGCAGCCAUUACCUAUUCUUUCCACAUGAAGAGAAGUGAGUUGCCCUUUGAACAAAAGAUUGAAAUGAUGUUUCACGAAAUGAGAACAGAGAUUAAAUCUUUGAAGGACAAGAUGUGGUAUCUUGACAGUAAGGUAAACAAAAUUGACACUUCUAAAGGUACUCGUCCCUUUUAUUUACCUUUACCUUAUUCCACAUCAUCAUCAUGUACUAAUGGUUUCCAACAAUAUACACUUCAAGGAAGACCUUUCUCAUGCAAGUACACGUCGGGGGGAGAUCCUUAUCCAUAUACCAGGGAAGCAUCUUCGGCUAUUGAUUUUUUGUGUGUUCGUUUUCCUUUCGACACAAAUAUCACUAGGGUGGAGAUGGAUAUCGUCAAUCAAGACUGUGCGUCCACUGUUCCCAUUCCAUUCCAUAUCGUUGCAUUCGUUUCAACAGGAGAUUGUGUUUUUAAAAUUAGCACACCAGACUCGACAUACUCUACAAGGUAUAUCAACACUCGCUGUGGGCUGCAACGAGCAGACAAAGGACCAACCACUUCCUCUUCUCGAACACUUCCCAAUAACAGUGACGUUCGUGUAACUACCUUAGAAACGACCAUCUCUGCAGGAGGUCUUCAUAAUAUUCUUUGUUUGGGGGUCUCCACCAGUGGAUUCGUUUUUUCUCAAAAGUCAUUUGAUAAUACGUGUUCCUAUCAAAUCUAUGGAGUUAGAGCGUUUUAA